UACAAGAGGGCCCCUGGUUUCCCAAUGCACAUACCACGCCUCCCCCUCCUCCUCAAGAUCGCCGCCGCGGCCGCCGCCGGCGCGCUGGCGCUCACUGUCGCCGCGGGGCUCCGGCGGGACGACGCCGUCGCCUCUCUCCGGAGGGAGGUGCGCGACGCGAUAACCACCCUCGCCCCGAGCAGCGAGGACGGCGCCGGCGAGGGGGAGGGGGAGGGCGAGGAGGCCGAGGCCGCGCCGCCGUGCGUGCUGAUCACGGGGUUCCGCGCCCACGGGAAGAGCUCGCUGGUGAACACCGCCUGCAGGGCGCUCGCGGCCGAGGAGGGCCCGCUGCUGCUGCGCGCGGAGGCGUCUCCACCCGGCGGCGGGUCCGACGGCACGCGGAAGCGGCGGAGGGUGAAGGCGGCGGUGGCCGCGGAUGGCGGUGAAAUGGGGGCGGAGGAAGCCGUCGUGGAGCUUCUGGACGCGCCGCCGCUCCCCGAGGCGGCCAGGUUCACGAGGGCCGACAUCGAUGCGGCGAUCAGCGGGGGGAACCCGGAGUGCGUGGUGUUGGCGCUGCGCUGCGACGCGCCCUCGAAGGAGCGGAACGCCGCCGUGAAGCGCCUGCCGGAGAUCUCCGCCGCCGUGAGGGCAAAAGGUCUGAAUUUGAUCGUUGUAUUGACUUUCAAGAAGGGCAUGAGAUCAGUAAGACAAGCUGAGGAGCUUCUACGAGAGGUUUCAUUCAGGGCCAGAACAGAUUGUGUCUAUUUCAUCGAGAACUACACCUGGAACAACAAUGGGCCCAACCUUCGCCAUCCUCCUGUCAUCAGGAAUGACUUUGAGACACAUUUUACAGUUCUGACAAUCAUUCGACAGUGUCUUGAGUUCAUCAAGUUAAAUAGGAGCCAAUCCAAGCGGGAGGAAAAUGGUGACAAGGGAAAUUCAGGAGAUCCCAGCCACAAAAACACACCAGAAAAAGUCUUAACGUCAGAUGCUAAACCUUCAGGAGACCAGAUACUUAAAUCUGCACCGGAAAAAACCUUAGUGGUGGAUACCAAAUCUGGUCUGCCUGUUCAAUGAUUACUGAAAUGUCAGCAAUCAAGAGCACGCUGAUCUAUCAUCACAUAUUUGCACAGGUUAUCAGUUCAGAGUUCAGAAAUCCAAGCACCAACAGUAGUAAUCUGAACCUGAAAGUGCCAGGAGUUCUUCUGGGCUCAUCCUCUCUAGCUCCCUCUGCCUCCAAGCAGGGUAGUUGUUCUGCGUCUCACCUGAACCGGAGGCAUAAUCUCUCGGGUGGGCUUGUGAUUUCAUCCUAAUGUACAGCCUCAUUGCUGCCACACAGUCGUCGUAGGGGUCCUGAAUGCCAGUGUGGAUAUCGUACCUGCAAUGGGGAGUCAAGGACAGUAUUGUCAGCAUUAUUGCAAAGUCUAAAAGUGUAUAGAGAUUAUCAGCCUCAAAUUUUGGCUUAUAAGCAUAAGUAGAAGUGAAUUCUAC